AUGGCGCCCGCUGGCGCUCAAUCUACAACUCUUUCAAGUACUGGAAAAUCUUUGAAAAGGGGAAUGAGCCUAAGGCGAGCUUCUACUCAGCGUCGGCCACGAAACCAGCAGCAGCUUCCACCUCAGUUCUUGCAGCCUAUGCAAGGGCAACGGGACGGAGAUGAAGACGAGGACACGAUAACCUCUUGCCAUCCCAGUUUUCAGACAUAUAGACAUCGAGACCGCCAGAGUCACUACGUUGAUCCGCGACAGCCCAUGCUGCACCUGCCAGACUCGCAACGGCCUGCGUCUUCCCGUAGCCAUAUGCGAGACUGGAAUCACCAGAGAGAACGGAGCCGAAGCCCUUCGUCUUCUAACAAGCUGCCACCGCCCGAAAGUUUGUUGCAGCAGCCUCAGCCCGAAUACUACAGCAGUCUCCCGUCGUCCACGAGCUUGACGAGCGAAGAAUUCGAAGCCCUGCCGCCUACAGUUCGAAGAAAAUAUUUUUCGACCUUGGAGCGGCUGCGCUUUGCCCAGACCUGUUGUGCUGGACAUUCCGAUCAGCCCUGCGGCCACUCGACCUCGACUUUCGCAAGCGAAGAAGAUAUCUGUCAGCCGGGAUCCAAGUUCGAACUUGUUUCCGAUCACUCCAUCUCUGGAUCACAUCAACAGCCGCGCGUUCGAUCGAGCUCCGCUCGCCUAUACCCAAACCACGCAGAUACGCUUCACGGACGACCAGCGGACAACGGAGAGAGACAAUCGAAUACAGCCAAUUCACACCAUAAGAGCAUCAUACUGGAUGCUACCGACGAGGCGUUUGUCAAGAUAAAUAAACGACAAUCACAACUCCCCAAACUAAGCAGCCAUUUGAACGAACCCUUUUAUCACGAGCUCCAUCCCAUCAUGAGUAGCUCGCCCAACAACGAAUUUACACAGGCUAUGGCCGCUGAGGCCACACCGGAUUCAAUCAUGGAGAGUUUCCGAUGGCUUGAUGAGAGUGAUGAUUUGGAUCUUCGUCUGGAUGACUAUCAGUCGAGUCCCAAACAAGGAAAGAAGAAGCGAAUGCCUUUCCCUCGCCAUCUAUCUAUAUCAAAGCUGUCUUUUGGACGCCCAUCUUCUCAACUGAGCCGUCCACCGACCAAGGGAACCAUGGCGUCUCCCGCAUUGAGCGAGCAAUUUGUAGUGCCUUCUCUACCAAGCCCCUCUGGCCACUUCCGUCGGAGAUCCAGAGCUCUGUCUCUAAUGUCACCAAACAAGGGUCAAAUGCCUGAUGACUCUGGCGCCACUGACUCAGCUCCAUCUCACUACCAAGAUCCCGAAGCUCGCAUGAAGCUCCGUGUGUACCUUGCGUCUCCGCACAAAUUUGAUGAGGCUGUCGAAUUUGGAUUUCCAUCUCUCUACGACACACAGGGGAGGGAAACCUCUCAGGUUCGAUCGUGGUCACGCCAAGAGUCUUAUGACAAGAUGCAUAGCUCAACUGGCGAUGACGCGGAGUCCCUCAUUAGUGAUCCCACUUCACCCGUCGAAACAGUCUCUCCGAGAACGCCAGAGAGCUUGGAUCAUCCGCCCGUUGAGCAUUCGCCGCGACUGCCCCAUGAAGGAGCCUGGCCAUCCAAGGUGGACUAUGCCCAAGCGCCAGCAUCAUCCCGCGAGAUGACACUGCGGAUGACCCUGACACGGCCUGAUCUUCGAGCCGACGAAGAGCAGAUGUAUGGCUGGCAAAAACCAUUGUCAUCCAAGGGGCAAGCACAUGACGGAUCUGCUCAGCCAAGAUCAUACUCUCGAGCUUCCAACCCCAGAGACAAUAUUGAAAGGCAAUUUGCCAUCAUGGACCAAGAAGCUGCCAGCAGCGAUGACAACAUGGUUAAACGCUUCUGGAACCGAGUCCGCCGUUCAUGA